GGCGGAGGAGGCGUGGCCGGCCUUCUCCGUAGCCCCGGCAAGGUAGCGGUAGGGAAGCUGCGCCGCCCCUCCACCUCGGUCCCUCUGCCUUGCCGCCCACACUAUUGUAUUCAAUCCCCGCGUGACGUCGAACUCCAAAGCACCGUAAUGAGAAGCGUCGGUGGCGGAGCCUGUGGGGCCAGGAGAACAGCGCGCGUGCGCACGCCGUGAGCCGCACGCCGGAAGUACGCCCUCCUCCGGGGUCUGCAAAGAGGAAGUGCUGGGGCCCCGGAGGGCGGGGGUAGUUGCUACCGUGGUCGCCAUGGCUACCGAGCCCGGGGCUGCGGAACCCGCAGUGCCUUCGCUCGUGGAUCGUUACUUCACUCGUUGGUACAAAGCUGAUGUCAAAGGCAAACCCUGUGAAGACCACUGUAUACUACAGCACUCCAACCGAAUAUGUGUCAUCACAUUGGCAGAAUCUCAUCCAGUUCUUCAAAGUGGAAAAACAAUCAAAAGCAUUUCCUAUCAAAUCAGCACCAACUGUAGCAGACUUCAGAACAAGGUCUCUGGGAAAUUUAAGCGGGGGGCGCAGUUUCUGACAGAGCUUGCACCUCUGUGUAAGAUCUACUGCUCAGAUGGAGAAGAAUACACCAUAUCUAGCUGUGUUAGAGGCCGGUUGAUGGAAGUGAAUGAAAACCUUCUCCAUGAGCCAUCUAUCCUUCAAGAGAAGCCAUCCACGGAAGGCUACAUUGCAGUUGUGUUGCCCAAGUUUGAAGAAAGCAAAAGCAUAACAGAUGGGUUACUGACACAAAAACAAUAUGAAGAAGUCGUGGUGAAGCGUAUUCAGGCCACGACAGCUGCGUCAUGAGGGACACAGCACAGCGUGCACACGCCUCCCAGGCCUACGCCACCAGCGCACGGAACCAGCCCAUGUGAAGAUGCUUCACACCCGGCUGUCCACACACGCCUGAUGUUAAAAUGAACCUACUUUCCUGUCUUUGUCUUGCAUAGCAAGCCUCUGUUCCUGUUUUGUCCUCUGUCCUGCCCAUGUCCUCUGUUCUCCUUUUGCUUUUAUGUAACAACUGUCAAGCAAGGGGGUGUGUUUUAUUGUUGUUGUUAAAAACCAAAGCACUUUGAGGAAAAUUUGGACAAGACAGCUAUUUCUUAAGUAGCAGAGUAAAAAUAAAUUUACCCAUCAACCUAUAACCCAUUGGUAAAUAUUACUACAUUUUGAUGCGCUUCUGUUUGAAUGUUAUGGCACGGUUAUUGUUUUUGCCUCAAUUUUCUCUCAGUUUGAAGUUAGAAAAACAAUUGGGCCUUUUGUACGGAAUCUGGAUCUGAGUGACACUACGGAAAAUGCUCGGGCCGCCCCUCAGCCCCAGCCUUCUCCCUUUAGGUCGCAGGGGAGAGCAGAGUGUGGACUACCCCCCUCUGCUGCUCACACCACUGGGGCGGACAAGGUCGAGUGUGACACUGAGGCCUCCUGAGCCAGGGAGUGAGGCAGAGGCUCGGAAAGGGCUUCCUCCCACGAAGUGAUCUGAUGCGGCGUGGUAAUCGCUCGGCCUCACGCUCUGGCCACAGGGUAGCCAGCCAAGAAGCUGCUGUAACCCAAAGACACGCGUGCCUUCGGAUGGAACAAAAACUUUCACAUCAUCUAAACUAAAAACAAAACUGAUUAAGGGUUUAAGAUUAUUUAUACUGGAUUUCAAAUAAAAGGACAUUUUAAAUUGUUAUUUUUUCUUCAACGCUGCAAUACAUGUAUAUUUAAAUAUCUCUAUAAAUAAAACAAGAUUUAAUUUAAUACAGAGGAAAUCACCUUACUUGUAAAUUCCUUUGGUUCUCUAUCUUAUGCUGUUGAAGUCAUAAGUCAUACCUUCCUCACCCCUACCUGAACUCACCCGAAUAUUCUCUUUUCAGGUGUGUAAAAGUAUUCUGUAAAUCUACAAGUUAUUUUUGAUUCAUAAGAAAAACUUCUUGACUUGAGUGCCAGCAUGACUAUACCCUAAAUAUAUGCACCAGACAUAAUAUAGGUAGUAACUUUACAAACACGUACACUGAUGGGGCUAUGAGCUGAAAAUGUAAGCACAAUCCAGCGGAUCCCCAUCUGAGUAGCGGAAGACACAUAAAGAUUCUGAAGACAGGAAAUAGACAAUACUGUAUGUGUAUAUGUAUACAUAUACGUGUAUAUAUAGUUUUACAUGUAACAUUACCUCACACUGUUCUCCCAUUACUUCUGUUGUAAUCUAGAAGAAUAUUUUGGUUUCACGGAAUAAAGUGCAUGCUGCUUGAUAAUGUUUAUAAAAGAAAUGUUUUAUAUAGGUCAUUGACCAAGCUGAACGUAUCCCAUUUUCUCCUAAAGACUUAUAGUAAAUUCAAGUUUCCUUCAAUAAAAUAGUGACUAGCUAA